AUGGUAAUGGGAUGUAAGGUUGGAAAUGUGGAAGCAAAGGAUGCCACAGUUAGAGCCAUCUGUCAAGCAGCAUUACCUCAAGGAUACUUCGGAAGCUUCGUAGAACCGCUUUGUCCAGGAAACGAAAAGGAAAACAAACUUGAAGGUACUAACAAUAAUGUUGAUAAGGAUAGAGGUAAUUGAGGUGUAAUUAAGAGUGAAAUCCCUAUGCUUUUAAUUUUUAAUUUACAUGAUUUUAGUGACCAGCCAGACGAUUGGAGAGCCGAGCCAAGUCGUUGUUAUGAGCACAGUGUGUCCAGUAUCUAUGAACUCUAACCAAAGCAAUACGAAUGUCAUGUUGACAGCCAAGAACUUGCAAGUAGGACGUCUUCUCAUCAAUUCGGUACAACAAUGUGGAGAUCGACUUCUGAAUUCGUGGGAAGUUGUGUUAUCAACGCUACAGCACCUCUUCUGGAUUCUGGGUAUCAAAUCUACCGCGAACGGAGCUUUCAAGAUGGAUACGUCUACAGAAGGCAAAGCGAGUAAUGGUGCUGCUAUUGUGACGACGGCUGUUACGUCAGAAUUGCCAGAACUGAACACGAUGUUGAACAAGUUGUUUGAAUCUACUUCUAAGUACGAUGAAACGUCGCUCCAUCAUGUCAUCGCUUCACUGUGCAAGUUGUCAAACGAUGGUAUGAUUGUGGGGAAACAGAACCUCUCUAAAGAACCGUCGUUGUUCCCAUUGGCCAGGUUACUACAGACGGCCGAGAACAACUUGAAUCGGUUUGUCAUCUUUUGGAGACCGGUUACGUCACACUUACUGGAGGUAUGCUUUUUUAAAUUGUUUUGAUCUUAAAAAACUACCGAAUUAUUACUGAAAUCCAUUAUCGUUAUUGUAGAUUUGCGUUCAUCCUAAUGGAAUACUGCGAGAUUGGGGAGCUUUGUGUUUAACAAGUCUCGUUAAAAGCGCUUUGAAGUCUUUGAACGAUGAAGAUCCAAAAGUUGACAUUGUGGUAAGGAUUUGAUAUUUUGAAUUGAUUUAAAUAUUUUUUCCCGGAUUAUUAGUAGUAAUACUUUAUUUUAGAAGCAAGAACAACUGAUUCUGUCCCCGCUCUCUGCCAUGAACGAGUCCGAGUACAUCGACGUCAGAUCCAAACAGAUCGACUGUCUUCUUAAUGUCCUUCAGUCAGAUCGGCACCAUUUGAGUCCAGAAUUGUGGCCAGUCGUUAUUAACAUUGUGACGGCAGUAGUAGAACACAAGUCGGUAGCUAAUGCUGAACUGGUCGAUCAAGGUUUUGGGAUUGCCAAGUUGUUGAUAAAAGAGUUUCUGAGCGGUCUGCCUCUAGAUUGUGUGCAACUUGUAGUAGAGACUGAUGCCAAGUAUGGUCAUCAACAGCUGAACAUGAACAUAUCACUAGCAGCGGUCGGCUUACUAGUAGGUUUUGUCAUAGUUUGUAUAUUGUCAUAUGAUGUGAUUGUAAGUUAAAUAUUGAUUAACGUAUUUUAGUGGGACAUUUCUGAUUUUGUGAGUGGAAUCAGCCACGUUGGUGGAGGGAACGAGAACGUCGAGCAGAUGUGGCUUGUAAUCUAUAACUGUUUGAGUGAACUGUGUGUCGACUCUCGACCUCCAGUCAGGAAGUCAGCUUGUGAUACUCUACUUCAAACUGUAGCGGCUCAUGGUCACAUCUUGAAGGCCAGCACGUGGGAUCACAUGGUUUGGAAGGUGAGUUGAUAUAAAUAUUUAUUCUUGUUGCUGAAUCUAGGUCUUGUUGUGGAUGACAUAAUCUCAUUAUUUUUUAGAUUCUGUUUCCAAUGUUGGACAAGGUACGCGUGGAAACGAAGAACGCCUCAACAAAGAAGGCGGAUUCCUCAGCCCUUGGUGCUCCAAACAUGAUUCUCCAUCAUUCACGGGAUACAGAAUCCAAACAAUGGGCAGAAACGACUGUUCGAACGUUUGGAGGUGUGGUCAAGAUCUUUAACGCUCAGAGGAACACCUUGGUCGAGUUGAGUAUGUGAUUUUAUCAUUAUUUGUAAUAUAUUUCUUGAUAUGGUAAUUAUUUUGAUUUACAGAAACUUUCGAAGAAUGUUGGAAAACGUUGCUGAAGUUCAUAGAGUACGUGGCGGGAACGGAUAACAGUGAAAUGUCAUUGGCGGCGUUGAAGAACUUCCAAAAAUUGUUAUUCGGAAGAGCUCAAACGGCAGCAGAUCCCAAGGAGAAGAAGAAUGGGUAAGACUACUUUCAUUCUUAUGUGAACGCAUCGUGUAGUAUAUCAAUGCUUGUUUCAGAGAGGCUCCGUAG